CUUCACGUCAUGGCGGCAAAUUCCUCGGGAGCUGAAACUAAAAAGCACAUCCCCCAUUGGGUCUCGCUUGUCUCCGGGGGCGUCGCAGGAGGCGUAGAAGCAACAGUCACAUAUCCAUUUGAAUUCUCCAAAACACGCGUCCAACUCCUCAACCAAAACGCAACAUCGAACCCAUUCAAACUUAUCUCUCACGUCGCUCGAGUGGAAGGCGUAGGCGCUUUGUAUACCGGAUGCUCCACACUCGUCAUCGGAACAACCGCCAAAGCAGGAAUCCGCUUUCUCUCGUUUGACACGAUCAGGAACCGUCUAUCUGACCACAAUGGGAAACUCUCAGCCAGUCGUGGUAUACUGGCCGGGAUGGUUGCCGGUGCAGUAGAGAGUGUAUUUGCUGUGACGCCAACAGAGAGGAUAAAAACAGCUUUAAUAGAUGAUGCAAAGCAAAACAGACGAUUCAAAUCCAGCCUUCACGCCACAUCUGUUCUUGUUCGACAACAUGGCAUCACAGAGCUCUACCGUGGCCUUGUAUCUACGACCGUCAAGCAAUCUGCCACAUCUGCUGUCCGCAUGGGUAGCUAUAACAUUCUCAAAGAGACAGCCAAGUCUUACGGCAUCGCACCAGGCGUGGUAAGCACUUUUGGCAUUGGCGCAUUGGCAGGUGUAGUCACCGUCUACGCCACGCAGCCGUUCGAUACCAUUAAAACUCGAGCCCAGGGGGUUCACGGAGCGGGGAUUACUGAGGCCGUACGCAGUGUAAUGAAAGACUAUGGAGUUAGAGGAUUCUGGAAAGGGAGCUCGAUGAGAUUGGGGAGGUUGUUGCUGAGUGGGGGAAUUGUGUUUUCGGUGUAUGAGCAGGUUUCUUCUGUUCUUAUUUCUACUUGUAGAUAAAUAGAUUUUAGAUUCUACUGUUUAAAUUAUUCUUCAUUCGAGAU